CCGGUCUCCGGUAGUCAUUAAACAUCUAUAGUAUUUCAAAAUCUUGAAUCAUGAAGGUAGUUUUUCUACUGCCUUUGAUUUUGGCCAUAUGUGCUGCAAAUAGCAUCGCCAGGAAGAAUAAGGAUGAACCGGAAAAGGAUUGGUGGCAAACCACCAUUUUCUACCAGAUUUACCCUCGUUCGUUCGCUGAUAGCAAUGGUGAUGGCAUCGGAGAUCUGAAUGGAAUUACAUCAAAACUGGAAUACAUCAAAGAACUCGGUGUUGGAGCUAUCUGGAUGUCACCUAUGUUCCAAUCACCCAUGUACGAUUUUGGAUAUGACAUCUCCGAUUUUUAUGCUGUGCACGACGAAUACGGCACCAUGGAAGAUUUUGAGGCUCUGAUAAAGAGAGCCGAUGAACUGGAUAUCAAAGUGGUUUUGGAUUUGGUCCCAAAUCAUACAUCAAACGAGAGUAUGUGGUUCCAAGAAGCAUUGAAAGGUCAUGAGAAAUAUUACAAUUAUUUUGUUUGGGAAGAUGGAAUAAUUGAUGAGAAUGGUAACAGACAGCCUCCUAACAAUUGGCUCAGUCAUUUCCGAGGUAGUGCAUGGGAGUACAGGGAAGAAGUGGGAAAAUACUACUUGCAUCAAUUUGUCGUUGGCCAACCUGACCUGAACUACCGCAAUCCUGAUGUCGUCGAAGAGAUGAAGGAAAUCAUCCGUUUCUGGCUCAAUAAAGGUGUCGCUGGAUAUAGAGUCGACGCUGUCAACGCACUUUUUGAAGUUGACAAAGAGAAGUUCGGUGGGAAGUACCCUGAUGAACCCCCAUCUGGCAAAGUUAAUGUUGACCCUGGCUCAUAUGACACUCUCCAGCAUAUUUAUACUAAAGAACAAAACGAAACCUAUUACAUGGUUUAUGACUGGAGGGACGUACUAGAUGAAUUCAAGGCUAAAGACGGCAUGUCAAGGGUAAUGAUGACGGAAGUAUAUGCUGCUAUAGAAAACGUUGUCAAAUAUUUUGGUGAAGGUGACAGACAGGGAGCACAAAUGCCUUUCAAUUUUGAUUUGAUUAAUGACGUAGAUAGUACAUCUUCAGCUGCCGAUAUUAAGCGAGCUGUUGAGCAAUUUUUAACGUACAAGCCCGUGGACAAGGAUGCCAACUGGGUCGUAGGAAAUCAUGACAACUCCCGUAUGGCUACCAGAUUCGGACCACCCUUGGUUGAUGGAAUUAAUAUGAUUACCUUAUUGCUCCCUGGAAUCGGAGUUACAUACAUGGGCGAAGAACUAGGCAUGGUUGACGGCUAUAUAAGCUGGGAAGAGACAGUAGAUCCAGCUGGCUGUAACACCAAUGACCCUAUCAAUUAUGUGGCGUACUCUAGAGAUCCUGAAAGAACACCUUUCCAAUGGAAUGCUGAGAAAAAUGCGGGAUUCUCCACCGCUAAUAAAACAUGGCUGCCAGUAGCUGAUGGUUAUGAAACUUUAAAUGUGGAAGCUGAGAAUGCAGCUGACAGGUCCCAUCUGAAACUCUACAAAGCUCUCGCAGAUAUCCGCCAGAACAAAGUAUUCAGAUAUGGACGUUAUGAGUCUCUAGCUCUAAAUCUUGAUGUCUUUGCUUUUCGAAGAUGGCACAAGAAUGAUGCGUACGUCGUAGUCGUGAACGUAAAGGGCAAUGAUCACAUUGUGGACCUCGAGUACUUCGAAAAUGUUGAUGGAAAAGUUCAAGUUGAGCUUACCAGCGUAGAUUCACCAAAGAAUAAAGGAGAUAAGUUCGAUGCCGCUGCUUUGCCUGUCGCGCCGUAUGAAGCUCUUGUUCUCAAAGUAAAAUAAACAACUUAAAACAUCAUGGAAUAAUCAACGGAUACUGGAAGAAACAAAAUGAUGGCUAGCUCUUUAGGAUUAUUAUUUAAUUUAUUAUAAAAUUAAUAAACUAUAUAAGGUACUUAAUA